CCCACCCCACCCCCGACCCCGUCCCCCCCUCGGGCAGGCUGAGCGGGGGCUCCCGCGGGGCUGGUCUCAAUGGCCGGGCGCCGGUGGGGUGCGCUGUGGGUGUGCGUGGCGGCGGUCGCCCUGCUGCACGCGGGCGGGCUGGCCCGCGGCGACUGCUGGCUGAUCGAGGGCGACAAGGGCUUCGUGUGGCUGGCCAUCUGCAGCCAGAACCAGCCGCCGUACGAGGCCAUCCCGCAGCAGAUCAACAGCACCAUCGUGGACCUGCGGCUGAACGAGAACCGCAUCCGCAGCGUGCAGUACGCGGCGCUGAGCCGCUUCGGCAACCUCACGUACCUCAACCUCACCAAGAACGAGAUCGGCUACAUCGAGGACGGCGCCUUCUCCGGCCAGUUCAACCUGCAGGUGCUGCAGCUGGGCUACAACCGGCUGCGCAACCUGACGGAGGGCGUGCUGCGCGGGCUGAGCAAGCUGGAGUACCUGUACCUGCAGGCCAACCUCAUCGAGGUGGUCACGCCCAGCGCCUUCUGGGAGUGCCCCAACAUCGUCAACGUGGACCUGUCCAUGAACCGCAUCCAGCGGCUGCACAGCGCCACCUUCGCCGGCCUGGCCCGGCUCUCGGUGUGUGAGCUGUACAGCAACCCCUUCUACUGCUCCUGCGAGCUGCUGGGCUUCCUGCGCUGGCUGGCCGCCUUCACCAACGCCACGCACGCCUACGACCGCAUGCAGUGCGAGUCGCCGCCGCUCUACGCCGGCUACUUCCUCCUGGGCCAGGGCCGCCACGGCCAGCGCAGCAUCCUCAGCAAGCUGCAGUCCGUGUGCACCGACGGCUCCUACGUGGCCGAGCCGCGCCCGGCGCCGCCCGGCCGCGCCCCGCCGCCGCCGCCCCCGCCGCCGCCGCCCUCCGAGCCCAGCGAGGCCCCCUGCGCCGACGACGAGUGCUUCUCCGGCGACGGCACCACGCCGCUGGUGGCCCUGCCCACGCUGGCCACGCAGGCCGAGGCGCGGCCGCUCAUCAAGGUCAAGCAGCUGACGCAGGACUCGGCCACCCUCACGGUCCAGCUGCCCAGCCCGUUCAACCGCAUGUACACGCUGGAGCACUUCAACAACAGCAAGUCGUCCACCGUGUCCAGGCUGACCCGGGCCCAGGAGGAGAUCCGCCUGACCAACCUCUACGCGCUCACCAACUACACGUACUGCGUGGUCUCCGCCAGCUCCGGCCUGCACCACAACCACACCUGCCUCACCAUCUGCCUGCCCAGCCCGCCCAGCCCGCCGGGCCCCGUGCCCAGCCCCUCCACGGCCACCCACUACAUCAUGACCAUCCUGGGCUGCCUCUUCGGCAUGGUGCUGGUGCUGGGCGCCGUCUACUACUGCCUGCGCCGCCGCCGGCGCCAGGAGGAGCAGCACAAGAAGGCGGCCGCGGCGGCCGCGGCCGGCGGCCUCCAGAAGACCCUCCUGGAGCUCAAGUACGGGCCCGGGGUGGAGGCGCCCGGCCUGGCCCCGCUCUCCCAGGGCCCGCUGCUGGGCCCCGAGGCCGUGGCCCGCGUGCCGUACCUGCCGGCGGCCGCGGGCGAGGUGGAGCAGUACACGCUGGUGGAGAGCGGCGAGACGCCCAAGGCCGGCAAGGGCCAUUACAUGGAGGUGCGCACGGGCGAGCCGGCCGAGCGCCGGGACUGCGAGCGGGGCCGGCCGGGGCCCGGCAGCCAGAGCUCCGUGGCCGAGAUCUCCACCAUCGCCAGGGAGGUGGACAAGGUCAACCAGAUCAUCAACAGCUGCAUCGACGCCCUCAAGUCCGAGGCCACCUCCUUCCAGGGCGGCAAGUCCGGGGCCGUGGCCACGGCCGAGCCGCCGCUGGUGGUGCUGUCCGAGCCGCUGGCCGGCAAGCACGGCUUCCUGUCGCCCGUGUACAAGGACAGCUUCGGCCACGGGCUGCAGCGGCACCACAGCGUGGAGGCCGCGCCCGGGGCCCCGCGUGCCAGCACGUCGUCCAGCGGCUCCGCGCGCAGCCCUCGGCCCUACCGCGCCGAGGCCGCCGCCGCCGCGGCGGCACACAAGGGCGCGGCCGCCGAGGCCAAGUACAUCGAGAAGACCUCCCCCGCCACCGACGCCAUCCUCACUGUGACGCCCGCGGCCGCCGUGCUGCGGGCCGAGGCCGAGAAGAGCCGCCAGUACGGCGAGCACCGGCACUCGUACCCCGGCUCCCACCCCGCCGAGCCGCCCACGUCCCCCGCGCGCCCGCCCCCUGAGGGCCUGGGCGGCCGCAAGGCGUCCAUCCUGGAGCCGCUGACGCGGCCGCGCCCCCGCGACCUGGCCUACUCGCAGCUGUCCCCGCAGUACCACAACCUGAGCUACUCCUCCAGCCCCGAGCACCCCUGCAGGCCCUCCCAGAGCAUCUGGGAGCGCCUGAGACUCAGCCGCCGGCGGCACAGGGACGACGACGGGGAGUUUGUGGCGGCCGGGCACGCGCUGCGCAAAAAGGUUCAGUUCGCCAAAGAUGAGGAUCUGCACGACAUCCUGGACUACUGGAAGGGCGUGUCGGCCCAGCACAAGUCCUGAGCCCUCGCGGCCCGGCCCCCGCGCCCUCCCGGCACGCGCCAUGCCCACCGGACCAAAAAGGACCCGAGACCCACUGCAGCUCUUGGUAACCCAGAGACUCACAGAGAACACACACAGACGCGCACACGCACACGCACACACACACACACAGAGACACACGCUGUAGCACCGCCCAGAGCCUGGGGCUUUGCAGACCACGUGGGGAGGGGGCGCUGGCAGGACAGCGGGACGUGAGCCCCGGCCGCGUGUACCUGCCCUGAGACAUUCUCACCGGCGUGAGCGGCCUGUCCACACACACACACUGUGCGUGUACACACAGACACACACACACACACACACACAAAGGGACUUCGGAAAACUGUGUCUUAGGG